CUCCAUGAGCUGCAAACAGGCCGAGCCGGCGCACAGCAUCAAAAGCAGUCUCCACCGCUUUCCGGGUUCGGAGUUGUAUUUCAGCCACCUGCACGAUUCGAUAAUAAAUAGUAUUCUGGCUCUUCUCGCGACUUUCCAAAGCCAUCUGAAUUAAAUACGUAUUCGCCCUAAUCAUCCCAAACAAAGAAUGUUGUAUUACCUCCCUGUCUUGACCUUGCUUUCAGGUGUUUUUGCUAACAACUGGAAGACAUAUCCGGCUGUCCCAAAAACUGCUACCAUCAACGGCUUUGCUGACCCGAUUUUGAGCAGCUUGCCCUCCUGUGCCCAAGAAUGUGUUGAAAUAUCUGUCUCAAAUACGCCUUGUCCAUAUUGGGAUACCGGGUGCUUAUGCGUAAUGCCCCAGUGGUCAGGCCAAGUGGCUGAGUGCAUUGUGGCUUCAUGUACGGCUGCCACGGAUGUGGCUAGUGCCACCCUCGCGGCCUACUCGCUAUGCUCCUCGGUAGGAGCCAACUUGUGGAUGAUGCCUGCCUCGCUCCUGACAGCACUUCAAAAUGCGGCGGUUGUUACCAGCAAUUCUGCUAGCAGCAACACCGCUAUUGAGGCAGAAUUUGCGACUGUUGCGACGGGGUCUUCUGGUACAUAUUUCUCUGGUUCUGAUCACGAAACCUCCUCCGAAACAGCAUCUGCGAGCAGCCUUCAAAGCUCCUCAAAUGCGGGCGCCGUGACCAAUGGAGCGAGAUCGCUUGUUGCCUUGUUUUCAGUCAUCAUAUUAUCUCUUAUAGUCUGAAGCUGCUAGUUUGCAGUUCACCAAUAGAAAAGAUCCCGCGUCC